AUGGUAAAGAACUACAUGGUGAAAACGUGGAAUUUCGUGAAAAUUCCAGAUCUGUACUACAAUGAAGAUGGUUAUUUCAUUCUCAGAUUUCAUUCUCACGAUGAUAUGGAUGUGGUUCUGAUGAAAGGGCCUUAUACUCUGAGAAAUGUUCCACUUCUUCUUCAAGAGUGGAGACCAGAUUUCAAUCUGAAGAGAGACAUGUUGAGGACUCUCCCAAUUUGGGUGAAACUGCCUCAGCUACCAUUGUACCUAUGGGGAGCCAAGAGUCUCAGCAAGAUUGGCAGCGCUAUCGGUGUCCCUUUGGUAACUGACGAAUGCACCGCCAGCAAGCUUCGGGUAUCCUAUGCUAGGAUCCUAGUGGAGGUGGAUGUAACAAAAGAUUUUGUGAAAGAGAUUGCUAUCAAAGAAUGUGAUGGGCGAAAGAUCAAACAGUUGGUGGAGUAUGAAUGGCGCCCAAAAUUCUGUGAGAAAUGCAAGAAGAUUGGUCACCAAUGCAAGGAACCAGUGAAGAGAGUGGAAAGAAGAUGGCAACUAAAACCAUCUAUACCAAGCACUGCACCAGAGGAGCAACAUCAGCCUCAAAUUGUCAAUAAGGAGAUGGGAGCUUCAUCAGAGGAUAACCAUGAGAAGGAUAAGGAUGAAACUCCUUGGACAUUUGUGAAAGCCUCACGUGAAAAAGGUAAACGAAUCUCCCCUGUCUUGACUGAAGCUGUAAAUUGUCUAAAUGGAUUUGAUGCACUAGGAAUUGAGAAGGAUUCACUAGUGUCCACUGAUCUUGAUCCAUGUUAG